GGUCAGUCACGUGACUCAUUCGGGUGCCGGUUCAGACUCUGCAGCUGACCCAAGAUGGAGGAGUACGCGCGCGAGCCUUGCCCCUGGCGGAUAGUGGAUGACUGUGGUGGUGCCUUCACAAUGGGAGCCAUAGGUGGUGGAAUCUUCCAGGCUAUCAAAGGGUUCAGAAAUUCCCCAGUGGGUGUAAACCACCGGCUGCGGGGAAGUUUGACAGCUAUUAAAACCAGAGCACCACAAUUAGGAGGUAGCUUUGCAGUCUGGGGUGGUCUCUUUUCCAUGAUUGACUGUAGUAUGGUGAAAAUGAGGGGUAAAGAAGAUCCAUGGAAUUCAAUCACAAGUGGUGCCUUAACUGGAGCCAUAUUAGCCUCAAGAAAUGGACCAGUUGCCAUGGUUGGGUCAGCUGCUAUGGGAGGAAUACUUCUAGCUUUAAUUGAAGGAGCUGGUAUCCUAUUAACAAGAUUUGCCUCCACACAGUUUCCAAAUGGCCCUCAAUUUUCAGAUGAUCCCUCCCAGUUGCAGCCCUCCCCAUUUGGAGAUUAUAGGCAAUAUCAAUGAUUACAUUGUUCUACUGUUUCAUAUUGUACAUGUGAGCUGUCAUUUAUAAAAUGCUGGAAAACCAAGAUACAGAAAAUUGGAAGUGUAUGGUAGACCUCUUUGUGCAAACUAUGGCAAGAGGACACUUAGCACUUUUUCAUUGUAAAGAUGCACAAGAGAACUUUUAGAAUAUCAUAAAUAUAUUUAUUCAUCAUAGGAUUCCAUUGUUGUAAAGUUGAUAUGUCUGACAUAACACGUUAAUGCUUAAGAUGAGGACCAAACAGAAUGCUGUACUACUUUGGAUAUGGAAUGAAAUGAAUUUCUCUGAAGUGUGGUAUUAACAGGGGUGCGAUUUAGUCACGGAAUCCAUGACUUCAUCCAGCGCUGGCCGGGAGCUGCAGGGUUCCCUGCCGCCUGUGGAGGCAGGGAGAUGCAGGAGCCCCCUGCUGCUCCCGGCCACCACCGGUGGCGCGGGGGAUCCCCGC